GCUAUCCCAGCUCAGCAAGCAGUUCAAAGAACUCACGGCAACUACCACUGGACUCUGAGAUUUGCGAAUACCGUUAGAAUAUUUUCAAAUAUACCUUGAAAUCGUUAAAGAAAACAAAUAUAAAUGGAGACCUAUCAAAGUGGUUAUUACUGUGAAGACGUCAGACCUCAGGAGGUCCCAUCCGGCCUUGACUUCGGAUCAUACGAUUCUCGUGGAGAGGGUCCGUCUUUCUUAAUGGAUAAGAGUGGAUUGGAACCACAGUCCUAUUCUGAUGUGUACUGUGGCUUUACCAAGAAUCUGCCCCUAUACGACUCAAAAGUUUCUCCAAAUGAUGCUUCCUUGUUUGACCUGGAUACCUACUCAGAUCCCUCGUACUGGACACAAUAUGGAGCUGGAGUAAAAAGCUUAGACCCCAAUCAGAGUUACCAGGAGCCUGACUUCCUGAACCAUGCCUACCAGAUGCUGCUUCCUGUGGGCCAGAGUGUGAUGCAGAGAGAGUACAACUCACCACCUUCUGUGGGCCAGCCUUCUUCGGGAAGUGGACAGGGGUGCGGUCAGUACCUCCCCGUACAGCAGGAGACUCAGCUGGGCAGAAACAGCAGCAUGGAUCGGGAACAUUUAGGCUAUGCUGGGGAGCAAGAUUACUCACACUGCAGAAUGAUUUUCAAACAAGAAGAUCACCAGUCCUGGAACGAUUACCUCUCACCUGAACACUGCCAUCCACAGGCAGACUUUGCCACAGCAGCUCCUAUGGCACAGCACUGCCACCGUGUGGCUAAACAUGAAACAACAGGGUUCCCCCCUCAGAGGCACUCCCCGGAGUCCCGGGCGAUGGGAAUGACAGCAUAUACAGGUUCUGGACCCAUUCAUCUCUGGCAGUACCUGUUAGAACUCCUAUUGGAUGAGUCUUGUCAGCCUUUCAUCAGCUGGACCGGAGACGGCUGGGAGUUCAAACUAUCAGACCCAAGUGAGGUUGCCAAGCGCUGGGGGAAAUGCAAGAACAAGCCGAAGAUGAACUACGAGAAGAUGAGCCGGGGAAUGAGAUACUACUACCACAAAAACAUCAUCCACAAAACCGGAGGCAAGCGCUACGUCUAUCGAUUCGUCUGCGACGUGCAAAGCAUGCUGGGUAAAUCUGCAGAGGAACUGCACGCCAGUCUGAAUGUGAGAAGCAAAAUGGCCUCCAGUCCUCAGCACUAGUGACACUGUGAAGGGAGGCAAAAGGAUACUGCCUCCUGAUACCACUGAGAGAGGAUCGGAUUGCCAGGACUGAAUAAAUUGAGACUUGGUUGAUUUUGUGGUUAUAGCACCCUCUGCUGGUCGGACUCUCUUGGUUCACAUGGAUGUGAUAACUAAAGGUCAACAAGGCAUCUUCCGUUUCUGUAAACCAGGGGCUGCCAAAGCCGGCUCUUCCAGUCCUGGACUUUGUUCCAGCCCUGUUCUAAGUGGUUCAGUUGAACCAAUUAAACCUCCGCUCAAACCCUCAUUUGACCUGUUAAACAAACUGGAGUGGAAUGGCCCUCCAGAACCGGGAUUGGUCACCCCUGUUCUAAACAGACGGAAGCCUUCGAGGACCAAUUCUUUCUUUCUUUUUUUUAUUUACUAGCUCUUUCAAGGACUUCAAUCAAUAAAUAUAAAAAAGAAAAUUAAAAAAAAACACUGUACAUUUUUAUAGUGUAGUGAAUGUAGCCAUUGCUUGAAGGACCCAAGAAAUGAAUUCAGAUACGCACAGACAAGACAGCAAACAUUCCCAGCCUGAAUUGUUUCACACCAGCAGGAAGCAACACAUGGGGCACAAAACAGAUAAGACCCUGUAUUGGCUCUGCAUCUGUACUACCUCUAUUCCUUAGUGUAUUUUCCUGAGUGCCAAUCAUUCUUAAUGCAUCGUGGAGCAGCAUGCGCUCCACAGAAAAGUGCUGCAACCUUAAAACAUGUUCAGUUUUGCAUGCAGAGGACUUUACAACAAUGUAAGACUUAAGAACAAAAUGUACAAACGAGAGAAGGCCAUUCGGGCCCAUCUAAGCUGGUCCGGUUCCUAGGAGCUGAUUGAUCUCAGAACUUUGUCAAGUUGGUCUUAAAGGAUCCAAAUGGAUUCUGCCUCAGCAACAUGACUGGGUAGUCCAUUCCAUACCCUCGCCACUCUCUGUGUGAAGAAGUGUCUCCUUCCCUCUGUCCUGAGUCUAUCUCUACAUAAUUUGCAAUUAGUGUCCUGGUUUUUGUACUGCGCUUAAAGUAUUUGUUAUAGGCUAAAAAGAUUCAGUUCUUUUAGCCUAAGAAACCCUUUAUUAAAAUAAGAAAUGUUGUUUUAUAUUACUUUAGCUGUCUAACUGAAGUCAUGUUUUGAAAUGUAAUUUAAAUAUAGUGAAUAAAUGGAGUUAUUUGUAAAUAAA